AUGUACACUGAUCAUCAGGGCACUGAUGAUCAGUUUGCCCUGAUGAUCAGUGUGGCCCCAGAAGUGCCACCUGUCAGUGCCCAUCAGUGCCACAUAUCAGUGCCCAUCUGAGCUGCCUUUCAAUGUCUCCCAUCAGUGCCAGUCAGUGCCACCUAUCAAUGCCAAUCAGUGCCACCUAUCAGUGCCAUCAGUGCUGCCUAUCAUUGCCGGCUAUCAGUGUUAUGUAUCAGUGCUGCCUUUCAGUGCCCAUCAGUGAUGCCUGUCAAUGCCCAUCAGUGCAACCUACCAGUGCCUCCUUAUCAGUGUCCAUCAGUGCCACCUAUCAGUGUCCAUCAGUGCAGCCUAUCAGUGCCCAUCACUGCAGCCUCAUUAGCGCACAUCAGUGA